GGGCACGAGUUGAAAAUGGAGGCAUUAAAUCAGAAGUCUCUCGAGAGAGUGGUGUCACAGAAGGCUCUGCAAAUGGGAAGCUCGUUUCCGUGUCAAAUUUGCGUGGUGGGAUUUCUCUGCGGAGUCUGCCUUACCUCUUUCUUUUUGGCUGCUCUGACUUCCUUUGGCACUAUUCAAAUUGGUCCGGUUUCAUUCUCAUCCAUGUCCUUAGCUAAUUCAAGUUCCGGCAUUUUAAACAAGGUUACAUCUACGGGCUGUGAUUUGAAACUGAAGGAAACAGAGAGAUUAAAGGAUUUGAAGAGCAGUGGAGAGAGAAACAGCGAUGGGAAAGUGUCUUUGCUUUAUUCAGCGUGGAGUGGUUUGUUGACCAAAUCUUCAAACGAGACAUUUGAGAAGUUGCAGAAACUUGGAAUUAGUGGGUCCAGCUUGCCAAGUGCACCUCAUUUGGAAAACUGCAAGGUGAAAGCAAAGCUAUAUGAGCGCCUUGAUAAGCGUACUGGAAAUGAGAGCUUCCCUCCAUGGACAAGUUGGAAAGGGUUUUUAUCUGCCUACCCAGCUUCUGCAAACAACGCGCACAUUCAAUAUUUUAGUCACAAGGCUGCAUCAGACGGCACUUAUCCUCCCUGGAUUGCAGGAUCUGAUGAAGAAAACUAUCCUUUGACUAGAAAAGUGCAGAGGGAUUUAUGGAUGCAUCAGCAUCCACUAAACUGCAGGGACCCAGAUGUCAAGUUCCUUGUAGCUGACUGGGAGAGGUUACCUGGGUUUGGCAUUGGGGCUCAGAUUGCUGGAAUGUGUGGACUUCUUGCCAUUGCAAUCAGUGAAGGAAGAGUCCUUGUCACCAACUAUUAUAAUAGGGCUGACCAUGAUGGUUGCAAAGGGUCUUCCCAGUCUAGUUGGAGUUGCUACUUCUUACCUGAAACAUCCCAAGAAUGCCGCAACCGUGCUUUUGAACUUUUGAAAAGUGAAGAGGCAUUGAAAAAGGGAAUCGUGACCACAAAAGAAAAUUAUGCAUCAAAGCAUAUAUGGGCUGGGUCAACACCCAGGACAUGGGGUGAGCCUUGGAACUAUUUGCAGCCAACAACUGAAAUAAACGGCAGCUUACUUGCUUCUCAUAGGAAAAUGGAUAGACGGUGGUGGAGAGCACAGGCAGUACGCUACUUAAUGAGGUUCCCAACAGAAUACACGUGCAAUUUAUUGAAUGAGGCCCAUCACGCUGCAUUUGGUAAAUUAGCCGCGAAAAUGGUUCUUGACGGUCUACCGGGAGACUGGCCAAAGAGUACCGGUAAGAAGCGAAGGUCGGAUAUUGAUGAUUAUGUGUGGUCAAAUCACAAGUCAUGGGUCCCAAGGCCCCUUCUAAGUAUGCACGUCAGGAUGGGAGACAAAGCAUGUGAGAUGAAAUUGGUGGAGUUUGAAGAGUACAUGCAGCUCGCCGACCGGAUUAGGAAUAGAUUCCCUAAUCUUGACAGCAUCUGGCUCUCAACUGAGAUGCAGGAAGUUAUAGACAAAACCAGAGAAUACCCUCAUUGGAAGUUUUACUAUACAAAGAUCAGAAGGCAAGAGAGGAGUAAUAUGUCAAUGGCGGAGUACGAAAGGAGCUUGGGUAGGGAAAAGAGCACUAAUUACCCGUUGGUGAAUUUCUUGAUGGCUGCUGAGUCGGAUUUUUUUGUGGGAGCAUUGGGGUCCACUUGGUGCUUCCUCAUAGACGGGAUGAGGAAUACUGGGGGAAAGGUAAUGGCUGGCUACUUGAGCGUCAACAAGGACAGGUUUUGGUAGAUUUCAUUCUUGUAAAUAGCUCUCUGCUCAACCAGCGCCUUUUUUUGUAAUAUUAUUCUUUCUCUGCAUGCACAACAAUAAUAGUACACCCUUAGCUCUGAUAAGAGUGAUCCAUAUUAUUUCUUAAAAUUUUUCGGUGUUUGACGUGCUAUUUGUACAGAAUAUAGAUGGCCCUUUCUUCGGAGGGAGCUAGAACUUAAGAAAUGCAAUCUUGCUUUGCAGGUUCGGGUGUAAA